AUCAUUGGAUGUAGAGUAUUAAUUUGUUUCAGUUGAAAAGGUAGCACUGAAAAUAUUGCAGACAUGUAAAACAAUGAACUUAUAUCGUGAUGUUUAUACUUAAUACGCCUAAAAUAACUUCUGCAGAUUUAAGAAGGAAAUAUUUGAUAUGCUUGUGAUUAUUAUUGUAUUAUCGUUAUGGUCUGUUAUGGGAGAAAUAAAUUUACGCGGGAAAGGAGCAAGCUUUCCUGGAGCGGUAUACAAAAACUGGAUACCAGCCUACAAACGGUACCGAUCACCGUAUGUUUCAUUGAACAUGGACUAUGAUGCUGUUGGAAGUGGGACCGGAAAAACAGCAAUUACAGAUAAUAUAGAUAUAGAAUAUGCAGGAUCAGAUACUCUUCUGUCGUCUGCAGACGAGGCAAAUCAUCCGGAUUUAGUAACUUUUCCGACCAUGGCAGGUGCUGUUGUCCUCGCCUUCAAAUUACCAGGGUUCAAUUCUAAGCUUAAUCUUACAAGAGAGGUGGUUGUUGGUAUUUACAAUGGAACAAUCCGAUGGUGGAACGAUACCCUCAUCCAGCUAAAUAAUCCACACUUUACGUUCCCGUAUCAUCGGUUAAUUGUCUUAGCAAGAGCUGAUAAAUCCGGAACCACCUCGCUGUUUACCGAAGCACUCUCUUCAUUUAGUUCUGCAUGGGAUAAUACGUAUGGAAUAUUUUCAAAUGGUGUAAAUUCGGUUACUGGAUUGCAUGACAAUUGGGAACCAGAUGUUAUAACUUAUUUUGGUAAAACAUCUGCUGGUGUUUCAGGAAUUUUAAUGUCUUUCGAUUAUUCAAUUGGGUAUUUAUCAACUGGUAGUGCAGAAGAAUCUAGUUUACAAACAGCAUAUAUCGAAAACGGAAAGGGUUUUUUCUGUCAGGCAACUGCACAUAAUGUUCAAGACUCAAUGGAUUAUUUUGCUCAAUUAAAUUCUGAUUUUACAUUUUCCUUACACAACGCAGGGAGUAAAACAUCAUAUCCGAUCGCUGGGUUCACUCAUUUUAUUGCAUACAAGACAUUAAUCUCAAGCUGCUUGUCUGCCAGAGAGCUCAUACGAUAUGUACAUUGGUUCAUGACAGAUCACGAACAACGACAGGUUUGUAUUGCCUAUGGUAUGGCCCCAUUGAGUACAAGUAUGGUGGCCAGAAUCACUGAACACGUCCUUAAAGAGUUUACGUGCCAAGGACAAUCAGUUUGGGACAUGAUGACGGCCAAUAUUGCAGCAGAGAACGAGCAGCCCGCGACCUGGAAAGUCCCUGUAGCUGUUUCUAUACCAUUAUUUAUAGUCGUUGUUCUAAGUUUUUCUAGUUAUAUAUGCUUUCAAAGGAUCAAAUUUUAUAGAAAAAUCAACAAUGAUGACUGGUUGAUAGCUAUUGAAGAUAUCAUAUUUUAUUAUGACCAGAAGGUCUUGAAUUCACUUAAGUCUAAGUUUAUUAGCGGAAAGUCAAUAUUUUCUCUUAAUUCUUCAACGCAGGCUUCAGAGUGUCCAGAAUUAAUUCAACAAGUUUUACAGUGGCCAGGGAAAUGGAAUUGCGAAACAGUAGGAUUACGUUUAUUACAAGUACAACAUUUAAAAAAAAUAACUCGACCUAUGAAGGCGAAAAUGCUGAUAAUGAAAGAUAAGUUUUUUCAUAAUAAUGUAGUUAGAUUCUUUGGAUUGGCGGAAUUAGACUCUGAUCAUUAUAUUAUCAGCGAAUAUUGUGGAAAAGGUCAGCUGAUUGAUCUUUUACAAAAUGAGAAAUUUAACAUGAGUAAACAACUUAAAUUGUCUAUAUCGGUUGACAUUGCUAGUGGAAUGCAUUAUUUACAUUCUAAAAAUAUAAUCCACGGAAAUUUGAAGUCAACGAAGUGCCUUAUUGAUUCGAAGUGGACAGUUAAAAUAUGUGAUUGGGAAUACAAUACAUUAAUCCUAUGUCAAGAUGAAAAAUGUAAUUCUUUACACUCACUUCGCCAAAAUAACCGUGUGGAGGAAACAACAUACGCAAUCAAAUAUCAAGAGUUUUGGGUUGCACCAGAGAUAAUUCGAUUGGAAUAUAAAUGCAACCCUACAACUGCAUCUGAUGUGUAUAGCUUCGCUAUUAUAUUACAAGAAAUUUAUACACGAGAGGAUCCUUAUUCGGAACUCGCCGAUUUAAUGACCCCGGAAGAUGUGGUCAAUGCUGUUGUACAGAUUGGAGGCAUUCGUCCGAGACCAAACGACGAUAUGCCCAUCAGUGUUCGUCAAUGUAUGGAGAUCGCAUGGGGGCAUUCUCCGGAGGAUAGACCCUCCUUUGAACAAAUUAUGAAAAUGCUUAAAAGAUCCAGUCCCACUACUAAAUCAGUUCUGGAUUCUAUGAUGGAAACAAUUGAGGAAUACACGGUUCUACUAGAGGAAAGAAUUGACGAAAAGACAGUAGAGUAUAAUAUAACAAUACAACAUUUACAACACAUCUUAAAUACAUACCUCCCGAAACCAAUAAUACACUCUCUGACAAAUGGUAAAACAAUAGGCGUUAGACGAAUAGGUCCCGUUGGUAUUAUAUUCAUUGACGUGAGAAAUUUUCAUCAUCUAACUGCAGGAAUAAAGAAAAUAAAUAAUAAAAUAAAAAGUAUAGAAAAUUUUCAUUUUAGAUUGACGAGUCUAGCUGAGGAAUUUUCGGCAUUUAUCUACAGUAUUAGUUUUGACUCUGUUGUGUUCAUACUUGGCAUGGAUCGUGCUGAAAAGGGAGCUAAAUCUAUUCCAUUCGAAACGGCAAAUAUGUGUCUUCAACUAAACAAAAUUAUCAAAAAUAAAAUACGUCCGAAAGAUUUGGAAUUCUCAAUAUGUGCAACUUUUGAUGUUUUACAUGAUAAAGUUUUAGAUAAAAGUGGACGUUACCAGAUUUUCGGAAGUGCAUUAGACAAAGUGACUAACAUUGCAAAAACUGCGAAAAAUCUACAUGUUUUCAUAUCUCUAUCUUUAUGUGCUAAAAUUAAAGCAUAUGAUUGCUUUUUGGUGACUGAAGUUAUCGAUUCACAGUUUAAUGGUCAAAACUUAUUUCGGCUGGAAAGACGAAAUGAGACAAUUAUAGAGGAAGACAUAGAUAUUUUGACUUUAGAUGAAGACGAUGAACAUGCAGGGUCUGUAGAUUCUGGACUAGAUGUACGAAUAACUAAACUGGAGGAUAAUGUUGAGGAUAAACUGUAGAUGAAGUGUUGUUGAAAAUGUUUUAUUUUUAUUAAAAAGAAAAGGGUAGAAGAGAUAAAACAUA